AUGUCCAUUGCACCAAGAUCUCGUACAGCUGCUCCUCUACCUGAUGAGACUCUACAGCUGCCUGCAAUGAUAGCUGUCAAAGCGUUGUUGUAUCUGAGGGACGAUCUUCGAACUCUUGCUAUCCAUAGCCAGAAUCCUCUCAGUCAAGAUGCUAGAUUGAUUAUCGACAAGUGCCAGGAGUUACAGAGCAGGCUGCAGCAGCCACCGAGCUGCACCGAGCUGGAACAUUACGCUCUUGAUCUCUACACCAUGCUUGUGGACAGUUAUUCGAGGGAAAUCGUGCUAAGUCUCAGUUAUGCCACUCGUCUUAAGCUAUCCCUUAUAGUUUGGCAUUUUGAUGCCUCGUCUCGCGAACCUUCCCCAGAGCUCCUCGCAUUCCUCCGGAGCCCGAACGAUAAGAAGGUGUUGGAAACAAUUCAUGUCAGGUAUCAGGAUCAAAUUCGUCAACAGGUCCUCUGCCCCGAAAGCAUCCGGAUAGUCAACCAGAAUUCGGGGAUAGCCAACACCAGCUCCAGCCUCCGCGAAGUCUAG